AUGACAGACGAAAGCAUAUCGGAUCGUGUGCUUCGUGAGGUGAAGGCGGAGUUGGCCGGUACGCCAUACUCCUUCGAGUCUGCCCGCCUCCUCAGUGGGGGAACGACAAACUUCAUAUUUCAUGUGAAGCUGCUGCAGCCGCUGCUCGAUGGGAAUGCCGAAGUAGCUGUAAAGCAUGGUGAGGGCUUCGUCGCCCAGAGUCCCGAUUUCAAACUCCCCACGUCAAGAUGCCGGAUCGAAGAGAGUUGUUUGAAAGAUCUCUCAGAACUCCCACUCUACACUAGUGAAAACAUCACCGUAGCAACACCGAAGCUAUUCUACUUCAAUGAAGAGACCAAUACCCAGGUUCAAGCGUACCAGCCAAGCCCACUUAGCCUCAAGAACUAUGCACUUCAGUAUUUCGCAGCAUCAACCCCGCAGAUAUCGACUCUGGAAUCAGUCAAGUCACAAUCCCUCGACGUUGGUAGGGCGGUGGGUACGUGGCUUCGGUCAUUUCAUGACUGGAGCAACUCGGGAAAACAGCUCAAGUUUCGCGAUAUCGCAGCAGGAAACAAGGAAAUGCAAACGCUGAAGCGAUGGAUGAACUAUGAACGACUCCCCAAUUCCAUCACAAGAUUCCCGGAUAUCCUGGGUGAUUGUAGCGAUAUCUUUGCAGACGUCGUGAACAGUGUGAAGAAGGAGAUGAUAGAUGAGAAAGCCCUGCAUGUCAUCCACGGCGACUUUUGGACCGGGAACAUUCUUCUAGAGGAAAAACCUUUGGAUGAUGAGCAUAGCCGCCUUCUUGUCGUCGAUUGGGAAAUGUGCCAACUUGCGGUCAAACCUCUCGACCUAGGCCAGAUGAUUGCGGAACUAUACGAACUGAAAAUAUACAAAGAUAUGGAAGCCGGGAUAUGGUUAAUUCAAGGCUUUAUCGACGGCUAUGGCGCAGUGGAUGACGACUUUGCCUUCCGAACACUACUUCAUGUUGCCGUCCAUCUCAUCGGGUUUGGCACAACAGUGCAGGGCUGGGGCACGCAAGACCAAGCGAAGUCAGUGGCAUCUGAGGGAAGAGACAUUUUGAAGAAUGCUUGGGCGAAGGACCGUGGAUUCUUUGAGAAGCAUCCCCUGGGCUGCAUCUUUUCAUGA